UUCUCAUUAUUCUUCACUUUCACUGAAAAUAUAAUUGAUAACAAGCGGUGUUUUACUUAAGUUUAAAGGAAAUCAACCCCUCAGAUAUUAUUUAGGUAUAGAUUCGUACCUUCUGCUAAGAAUAAAAGUAGAUAUAUUUAUGCUGCAAUGAGCUCAAACCCAAAACACUUAAGCGACAAUGAUGAAGACGACGACGAUGUUGUGGUUCUUCGAGUGUGUGCAAAUUGCCACGGCAUCGAGGACUUGGAGUUUGAUGAAGAAACCAACGAGUCGUAUUGUCGUCUCUGCCGCGACUUGUUUAAACUGACAAAGUAUGAAGGAUUCCGUAUUCUGCUGAACAACGACGACCUGGCCUUAGUAUCGCUUAUUUUCUCGACGUUUGACAGUCAAAAGAAAGGAUUUUGGGAUUAUAAGGAUUGGGGCGAAUUUCAGAAGUGCACUCAGCACUUUCCCACGGAGGAGAUCGAUAAUAGUGAUGCAUUGGCUUCUUUUUUCAAGGAGGAGUUUGACUUGGUGUUAAGAAAGAAAAACGGCAACGGUGCGGUUAUUCAGCUUUCAGAUCUUGAGAACAUGUAUGGCGGCUAUGCAUUUAAUCAUAUAAAUGCUCUUACUGAAGACAGUGAAACACUACAAAAUGAUGGAAUAAUCAAUAUGGGGGUAUUGGAAUAGACUACCCUUCAAAGGGUUUAAGAGGUUAAUAAAAUGGCGAAAAAAGUUUUGAUAUAAGGAAACCUGCUUAUUUUUCUAUGCAAUCUGCUAAUGUAAUUCGUGUCAAGUGUUUAGAUAUAGAAAUUCAGACUUUUAUACACCGAAAAAUUGUUUUCAAAAUACUAGAAAAAUAUCUUAUUGCCACUGAUCCUAGUUCAGAAAUAGAACUAUUUUUCUAGAAUUAUACAGGUGGUAAGCGAAUCCUUUCAAUUAAGUGUUUAGGAUUUGUGUACAAAAUUGGUGGAACUACUUGGCAUGUCGCAAAAUUUAUUUACUAGAUGAAGGGUGAUAUCUGAGCCGUAAUCUCUAUUAUCGAUUGCUAAUUUACCCCAAAAUAAAUUGAGCAUUUGCUCUUAUUUUGUCAUAACUAACCUUAAUGUUUUAAAUAUAAUAUACUAGUUUUCUUUAUAAUCAAAUAACCUGGAGGUAUUUACUUCGUGUUUUGUAAACAGCUUGAGACCUUAUUUAUAACUAUAUAUUUUUCUUUUCUAUUACAUAUUGCCCCAAUGUGGUAUGCUCUGAUUGUAU